AUGAAGGAACUGGAGAUGAGGAAUGAAACCAUUAUCACAGAAUUCGUCCUUCAUGGCUUUGGAGACCUCCAGCAGCUUCAGAUUCUCCUCUUUGUGGUGUUUCUAACGAUCUAUAUCUUGACCAUUGCUGGGAACCUUCUCAUUGUGCUACUGGUUGUGACUGAUCAGCACCUACAUACUCCAAUGUAUUUCUUCCUUGGGAAUCUAUCCUGCUUGGAGACCUGCUACAGUUCAACCAUCCUCCCUAGAAUACUAGCUGGAUUAUUAAGUGAAACCCCAAGUGUUUCCGUUCAAGGCUGCAUUGCACAGUUAUGGGCCUUUGUUUUCUUAGCGGUAAAAGAAUGCUAUCUCCUGGCAGCAAUGUCUUACGAUCGUUACUUAGCAAUAUGUAGGCCCCUGCAUUACUCCACAGUGAUGAAUUUCAAGGUUUGCCUCAAUCUGGUGGCUGGAUCUUGGAUUGGUAGUUUUGUGAUUGACACCAUAUUGUUAAUAUUUAUAUUGCAAUUAACUUUCUGUGGCCACAAUGUCAUUGAGCACUUCUUCUGUGAUUUCAUUCCAAUGAUGAACCUGGCCUGCAGUGAUGCACGUCAGGUAAAACUCGUAUCAGCAAUUCUAACAUCUAUCUCCACUCUGUCACCAUUCAUUUUAACCAUAGCAUCAUAUGGAUUCAUCAUUACUGCCAUUCUUGGAAUCCCGUCUACCAGGGGAAGGCAAAAAGCCUUCUCUACCUGCUCUUCUCACCUCACUGUGGUGACUAUUUUCUAUGGCAGCCUCACCAUUGUCUACCUCUUGCAAGACAACAAUGAGCUGAGAGUGCUGAACAAAGUCUUCUCUGUGUUUUACACCAUCCUAACACCUCUAGUCAAUCCACUCAUAUACAGCCUAAGGAACAAAGAAGUGAGAGAGGCCCUGAGAAGAGUAGCCAGCAAAUGUUCAAUGUGCAAAAGAAUUCACUGA